AGAUCCUCUUCGUAGUGAGUUACAACGACAAAUCAUUUUCUUAAAGCAUUGUUUCCACUUCUCACCCCGACUCUGAGAAGAUGGUAGCUUCCACGUGCCGAUUUUUUUUUUUUUUUUUUUGUAAAGUGCGGAAAUCUCGCGAUGGAAGGCGGAGGAGGUGCAGCCCCAGAGCCACUUCAAGGGGAAAGCCAGGCACAGCCUGAACCGCCCCCCAGUCCUGAAGCCAGCACUCUGAAGAAACGCCGCUGGGGCUUGCUGCUUCCGGGGCUUGUAGGUGGGACUCUCGUGGCUGUGUACGCGGUAGCGACACCCUUUGUGACACCAGCACUCCGGAAAGUCUGUUUGCCCUUUGUACCUGCAACUACGAAGCAGAUCGAGAAUGUUGUGAAAAUGCUGCAGAGCAGAAGCGGGUCCCUGGUGGACAUUGGUAGUGGCGACGGCCGCAUUGUGGUAGCAGCGGCAAAAGCAGGGUUCACAGCUGUCGGUUAUGAACUAAAUCCGUGGCUUGUGUGGUACUCCCGGUACCGCGCUUGGCGAGAAGGUGUGCAUGGCUCCACCAAGUUCUAUAUUUCGGAUUUGUGGAAGGUCUCUUUCUCGCAGUACACGAACGUCGUUGUGUUCGGCGUGCCUCAGAUGAUGCCGCAGUUGGAGAAGAAACUUGAACUUGAACUUAAGGAUGAUGCAAGAGUCAUUGCGUGCAGGUUCCCUUUUCCACACUGGAGCCCGGACCAUGUCACUGGGGAGGGGACAGACACCGUGUGGGUGUACGACGCGGGCACUCUCAGAGGGAAGGGGAGGAGGCCCUGAGAGCUGGUGCUUUUCCAGGGUUGGUCGUGCCUCACGCGAGCGCCCUCUGCAGUCUGGCCGUGUCCUUUGCCCCUGUGGGGACUCAGCUUUGCCUUUAGCAGCAGAGUGUGUUGUUCUGAUAUGGAAUGAGAAAUCGCUACCACUCUUAGUUCUGGAGGAAACAGACACCUUAAGGAAAUACAGAUAAACUUAGAAUCUGUUUUUAAUGGUACAUUCUUUUUUUAAAAAUUUUUUCUUAAUGGCAUAUUCUUAAAAAAUACGUUUCCUGCCUGUUCAUGUGUUGGGUGCAUGAAAAUGUGAAUUAGUGAUGGUCGUGUUUAUGGUUGGAAAGAUGUCACGGUUCUUCACUUACAAGCAAUAGGGUUUCAUGCCACAGAUAAAGAAAAAUGAUUUUUAAAGAGAGUGUACUAGUCCCAGUUGGGGUGCUGGAUUCUAUCCCCGUUGCCCCUCUUCCAGACCAGCUCUCUGCUAUGGCCCGGGAAGGCAGUGGAGGAUGGCCCAAGUGCUUGGGCCCUGCACCCGUAUGGGAGACCGGGAGAAGCGCCUGGCUCCUGGCUUCAGAUCAGCACGAUGCGCCGGCCACAGCGGCCAUUGGAGGGUGAACCAAUGGCAAAAAGGAAGACCUUUCUCUCUGUCUCUCUCUCACUAUCCACUCUGCCUGUCAAAAAAAAAUAAAAAAAUA